AUGUCUGUUAUUUUCGAAGACAUCGAGAAUUUACACUAUCUCCAAUUUCAAUUCACCCAAGCCUUACGCAUAGGCAAACUCAUUUACUACAUAGAGAACUCUCUCCUUCGCAAGGUCAGUGUCCUUGAUAGCACUUGUUCCGACAGCGUUAUCGUUUAAGCUGAAGUCUCCAUGAUUUGCACUGAUGGCUAACUCAUAUACUCCUUGCUAGAGAACGGAGACAUCUAUUAAAUCGAACAACCACCUCGUCUACUCAAAAGUGGAAAUCAUUAUAAGUGGAUCUCCCCUAUCGCAGCCAUCGAUCAAUCUCACAGAGGUUUCAUCUGGAAAACCAAUAAACAAAUUUAUAGUCAUUGCAAACACAUCUCCUCCUACUAGAAUCGAAUCACUCUCAUCACCAUCGGUGGCAAGAUAUUCAACGUUGUCGACAAUAACACUCUCCCCAUACCAUAACUCAAUGGAUUGAAAUUGAACACUUACUUUAAGAAGUCCAUUCUCCUCUCUUUUGGGGGAGUGGCCAUAACUGAAAGUGGAGAAUUAUAUCUCUUCAAUUAAAAGAUGAUCAGAGUCAAAAUGAAAGACAUCCAAGACAUCUUCGCAACUGAUAAGUACCUCUUUGCUAUCCAAAAUAACAACACCAUUUUACAAUACUCCAUUGAAGAUAUCCAAACUCAUCAAUUCUUUACUAACCAGUAGAUCUUUCAAAAAAUGCAUUACUGCAACGACUUAGAAUUCAAAUUCAAACAGAGAUAAUUUCAACACAUUUCUCUCCUUCAAUCAGAAUACUCAUUAUGCUCAUUCGCUUAUAUCAAAGAGAACAAGAUCCUAGACACCAGUCUCAAUCUAACUGACAAGACCAAUCAAACCAAUCAAAUCCAUCAUAAGAGCAAUGUUCUUAUACUGAAGCAAUCCUUAUUUGAAGACUGGGAUUGCAAAAAGAAAACCAUGGAUUCCAGAAGAUCUACUACCAUUGAUAAACCAUUUCAAAUAGAACCAGAAGGAUUAACUUUAGCCUAAAAGCUAGCAACCAUAAGGGAGAGUUUAAAUUUUGAAAAACCCAUUCAACCACAAGAUAAUAAGGAUCGCUGCAGAUAAAAAAGUCUGAUUCAAUUGCAUCAAAGUUAAGUUGAAGAUCUACCUCAUAAUCCUACUCCAAUCAAAUUAGACAACCUGCUUCAUAAAAUUCAUGUCAACAAACCAGAUAAACCUAUUGAUCAAUUAUUACUGAGUCAAAAUAAAUAAGAAUUACAAGAUUCCUUACCAACCUUCUAAAAUGAUAAUCAAUUCACUAAUUUUAAUGACACUCUGAACAAAAAGAAAUCUAAAUAAAACAAUUGCAAUUCAAGAUCCAAUAAAAGAUUAGAUAGUAUGUCUGCAUAAUCUGGUAUUGAUUUACAAAAUAAUAGUGGAUUCAUCUAAUAAUAAGAUAGCUUUGUUGAUAUCUUGGAUACUGAUUCAAACAAAAAAGAUUUUCCUCUACAAUUACAACCCUUUGAUAAACCUAAUAAAUAUAAGAAGAAUACUUUGGAGACUAUACAAUCUUAUGAAAAUGAUUAAACUACUAAUCGCUUGUCACACAAAAUGGAUUUAGUACUGCAAUAGAGCAAUCGAUCACCAAACAAGAAAACCCUUAAAGAUCCACUGCUGACUGAAAGAAGCUCCGCCAAAAGAAACAUAGAAUAAGCAAAGUAAGAUUUAGAAACCUUGGUUAAUAUGAUUAAUAAACAAAAAGAAAACACCGAAACCUAAAAAUCUAUUAGCUACUGUGAAAUCAAGUAUAAGGAUGAUGUCUCCUCCAAUCUAAGUAGGAUCUGCACUGAUUCGACCAGAAAGAGAUCAUCUGUUAUUAGUGAAACCUCUCAAUAAGAAUCUUUUAAACUGCCUCAGAGAAUCUCAAAAUAAAGCCUAUCUUAAAAAUUAAUCACUUAAUAAUCAUUCAACUCAUCAAGUUAAAAUUCUUAGUUCUAAUUCGAUUCUCACAACUUUCGACAAUUGAACACCUUAUAGGAUCAAGAAUCAUAAUUAGAUCUCAAAAAUGCAAACAAACUAUUUGAUUAAUCAAUCACUCAAUAAAUCAAAAAGCUUGAUCAAAUUAAAGGACUUAAAAAGGUUCAGUGCUCAUCAUAAGUCAACAUACUUCGUAAUAAUAGCUUGAGUAAAAAGUCAACCAUAAUUGUCAACAAUCAAUAAAUAGCCAAAAUGAAUUUCAGAAAGUAAGAAGCGAUCUUAAAGAAAUUAUUCUUCCGAUUAGAUGUUAGAUUGAAACUGUAAUAAUUAGAGUUUGUAAAUAACUUAAAAUGUUUGCUUUGA